CAAAUUACGGCUUCUCCCUGUUUCUCCGCGAACUUGAACCGCAAAUUCAUUUUCUUCAUCUCCUCCUACUCCCUGGCUUUUUCCCAAACUUGCUCUGGGACCCUCUCUUGUACCCUCCUUCUUCUUAUAUCAUGAUGAUGAUCCUACCCCAAUCAUUGUCGUCUUAAAAUUCCUCUGCUUCUUCUUCAAUCAAGAUCCCAAUUUUCUACUUCACUGUGUUUUUUUGCUUCCAAAUUUCGGUCUUUGCAUUAAGGGGAUUAGUUAUCUUGGUGGGUUUCUCAAUGGCGUCUGGUGCUGGGUCAUUCUCGCCUCGCUUUGAAGUCAUGGCAGAUAGCUCUGUUCUUUUCAACUCCAGGAACAACCAGAGCGGCCGCACCAUGUUUCACUUCCUCUGCUGUAGGCCGAAUAGGAAAUCCUCCAUCAGCUUUGGAAUUUAUGGUGAUGGGUUGCCGCCUAGGUUUAGGAGUAUCAGAGCUAUUGGGAAAGAGAGUGAGACGAAUGGUGAUCAGUCACAUAUGGAUGCGCUUCAGGCCACGAUUGAGAAGAGCAAGAAGGUUCUUGCUGCGCAGAGGAACUUACUUCAGAAGAUCGAUGAAAGAAGGAAAAUGGUGUCUUCUUUUAAAGAAAGCUUUAUGAACUCAGAAUCUGCGGGUGAAUCUUCCUAUAAGCAAGAUGAGGAAUCUUUGACUAAUGCGGAACCUGCUUCAGCAGAUGCUGGGGGAUUUACUGAGCCACAGAAUGUUUUUAGCAGCUAUGAGCUAUCCACUGGGGAUGGUGAACUAGAAACUGGGAAUGCUUAUACAAGCGGGAGUUAUCGUCAAAGAUGGAGUAUAAGUCAAGAAAUACUGCCAGGGUCAGUGCAGUUGGAUGAGCAAACAUCAGUUUUUGCAAAUACGCCCCAAGUUUCUACUAUUGACAGUGUGAAGCAUGAAGCUGUCAAUGAAUCAACUUUACGAGUGAUCAAUCAUCUUGAAGGAAAUUCUAGUGUGAAUGAUAUAAUAGCUCAGUUAGAGGAGCCCAUAUCAGUCCUAUCAAAUGCACCCAUUGUGGAGCCUGUAGAUGUCAAUGGAUCCAGAGUGUCCAAUGAUGUUGAAGGUGUUUCAAAUGUGGAAGAUUCAAAGCCGCCCCCUUUGGCUGGGGCUAAUGUCAUGAACGUCAUUUUGGUUUCUGCAGAAUGUGCUCCGUGGUCUAAAACAGGUGGGCUUGGGGAUGUUGCUGGUUCAUUACCAAAGGCUUUGGCCCGACGUGGACAUAGGGUUAUGGUUGUUGCACCUCGAUAUGGUGAAUAUGCUGAGGCUCAACACUCUGGAGUCAGAAAGAUUUAUAAGGUGGAUGGUCAGGAUAUAGAGGUCACCUACUUCCAAGCCUAUAUUGAUGGUGUGGACUUCGUCUUCAUAGACUGCCCAUGGUUUCGCCACUUUGGGAACAGUAUAUAUGGAGGAAACCGAAUGGAUAUUCUGAAGCGCAUGGUGUUAUUUUGCAAAGCAGCAGUUGAGGUUCCUUGGUAUGUUCCCUGCGGUGGUGUAUGCUAUGGAGAUGGAAACUUGGCAUUCAUUGCAAAUGAUUGGCAUACAGCUCUGCUUCCAGUUUAUCUGAAAGCAUACUACCGUGACAACGGGUUAAUGCAAUUCACACGAUCUGUCCUCGUGAUUCACAACAUAGCUCACCAAGGUCGGGGACCAGUGGAGGAGUUCCGGUAUGUGGACCUGCCGGGAAACUACAUCGACCUCUUCAAAUUCUACGACCCGGUGGGCGGUGAGCACUUCAACAUCUUCGCCGCUGGUCUGAAGGCGGCAGACCGAGUGGUAACAGUUAGUCAAGGAUACUCCUGGGAGCUGAAAACACCAGAUGGCGGUUGGGGCCUACACACCAUCAUAAACGAAAACGAUUGGAAGCUGAGAGGAAUAGUAAAUGGCAUCGACACUCAAGAAUGGGACCCACAUCACGAUCUCCACCUGAAAUCCGAUGGUUACACGAACUAUUCGCUCGAAACGUUUCGCUCCCGGAAGCCACAAUGCAAAGCAGCACUCCAAAGAGAGCUCGGUUUGCCCGAGAGGCCAGAAGUUCCACUGAUUGGUUUUAUCGGAAGGCUCGAUAACCAGAAGGGCGUCGAUCUUAUCGCCGAGGCGAUCCCGUGGAUGGUGGAACAGGAUGUGCAAUUGGUGAUGCUUGGCACAGGAAGGCAGGAUUUGGAGGAAAUGUUGAAGAACUUGGAGGGGCAAUACAAGGACAAAGUUAGAGGUUGGGUCGGGUUUUGUGUGAAGACCGCGCAUAGGAUAACUGCCGGUGCAGAUAUCUUGCUGAUGCCAUCCAGGUUCGAGCCAUGUGGGUUGAACCAGCUGUACGCGAUGAUGUAUGGGACGAUUCCUGUGGUUCAUGCAGUUGGCGGGUUGAGAGAUACAGUUCGACCAUUCGAUCCAUUUAACGAGUCUGGGUUUGGGUGGACAUUUGAUUCAGCUGAAACGAGUAAGUUGAUACAUGCGUUGGGGAAUUGCUUGUGGACCUAUAGAGAGUUCAAGGAGAGUUGGGAAGGGUUGCAGAGGCGUGGAAUGGAGCAGGAUUUGAGCUGGGAUCAUGCUGCGGAGUUGUACGAGGAGGUUCUAGUUGCUGCUAAGUAUCAAUGGUGAUCAUUUGGGUAAAUUGGGUUUCUUUCUUUCUUUGAGAUCUCAGUUUUUACCGUGGUAAAAAAAUAAGAGUAGGAGUAAGAGGCAAGGAAUUCUGUAUCCAGUUGCCGAAGCAAGACUUGAUUAAGCAGAAUUUAAUGGCUAAUCUUUGUUGAUUCUGCUAUCAUCUGAUCAAUAAUAAUGCGACACUUGUAUGCCAUUCCUAAUCACGAGUAACUUGGGUUUCAGAUGUCAAGCCACUGUAAGAAUUUGUUUACAAACCAGCUCUUCACACUUUGUUUUGCUUUCUUUUCCUUAGGGAGAUGUAAAUGUCAUGUUAAUGAACUUGAAGAUGUCGAAUGGAAACUGGACAAAAAGCUCCUGGAUCUGCAAAAAGUAUCCGUAUCAAGGUAGUCAACUAGUCAAGCCUCGAAAACACUCAGAAUUCAGAAACACCCUGCGAUCAAGUUAGAGACGACAUUAAUCAAGCGAAUUCCAUCUCACAUAUUUCUUCCCCUUUUACAAAGGGCAAACAAUCAUAGAAUACCUUCACCUUCUGAGUAUAACAAGCCACAUAGUGAGUAGUUGCAGGCCUAAACAAUAUUAAUGGCUCUAAGUUUAAAUUGUUAUUACACACCACAACUAUGCAUGCAAGCGGCCUAUACAAAAACUGCUCCAUUAUUCUGUAGUGACACAAAUCCAAUCUAUCUUGUCAUGUUGUCAAUACCUAAUUCCAAUUGCCAGAAAUAGAAUUCCAACACGAGCAUGUACAGGCCGAUUCCUCUUGAUUCAAAGCCUAUUUUCUGGCUCGGCCAGGCCUCUAU